GAAGAGGCCAUGGAGCACAGCCACAUCUUCCCUGUUUUCUCCCCAAAUGAGAGCACCUGGAGUCCAGGGCAGCAUCCCUCUGAGGUUUCCCAGGGGUGCCCCCUCGGACCACUGCCUGUCAUCUACUACAGCAUCCUGCUCUGCCUUGGCCUGCCAGAGGCCAACAUCCUGACAGUGGUCAUCCUGUCCCAGCUGGUGCUGCGUCGUCAGAAGUCGUCCUACAACUAUCUCCUGGCACUGGCGGCUGCCGACAUCCUCGUCCUGCUCCUCAUUGUUUUUGUCGACUUCAUACUGGAGGAUUUUAUUUUGGCUACACCGCUGCCACCAUCAAUAAACAAUGCAGUGCAGGUUCUGGAGUUCUCCUCCAUCCACACCUCCAUCUGGAUCACUGUGCCGCUCACCAUCGACCGUUACAUUGCUGUUUGCCACCCGCUGCGCUACCACACGGUCUCCUAUCCAGCCCGUACACGAAGGGUGAUAUUCGCCGUCUACAUUGGGUGUCUGCUCUCUGCAGCCCCGUAUUACUGGUGGCCUGAGCUGUGGCACAGCCUGCCUGGUCUGGGCAGUGGUGGUGGAGGGGAGGGCAACAGAAGAACUGUGGCUCAACAUGUCCUGGUGUGGGCCCAUUGUGCCACUGUCUACCUCCUCCCCUGCAGUGUCUUCUUCUCCCUCAAUGCUGUUAUCGUGCGCAAGCUACGCAGACGCCGCAGCUGUUUCCGUCUGCGUGGCUACUCUACCGGCAAGACCACCGCCAUUCUCCUCGCUAUCACCUCCAUUUUCGCUGUGUUGUGGGCCCCACGCACCCUCAUGAUCCUCUACCACUUCUACUCCCCUCCUCCAGCCUCACAAGGUGCCGGUCGGCUGCUCCACAUGCUCACUGAUCUGGCGAACAUGCUGGCAUUACUCAACACCGGUGUCAACUUCUUUCUCUACUGUUUCAUCAGCAAGCGCUUCAGGGGCAUGGCGGCUAACGUGCUGCGAGCACUGGUCCAUUGCCGGAAGCAGCCACCGCCGUUCUAUGCCAGCCACAAUUUCUCUAUCACAAGCAGUCCCUGGAUCUCACCAGCCAACUCCCACUGCAUCAAAAUGUUGGUGUACCAGUAUGACAAAAACGGAAAGCCCAUCUGUAUUUCCUCUUGA